AUGGUUGUAAGAAAUUCUGAACCACCAAUUAAACCAAAAAUAACAUCCAAUGGACGACGAACAGCAGCAACAAUUAUUGAACCGGCUAUUAUUAUAUCAGAAAGAGCUGAUUCAGGAAAUGGUGGAAGUGAUGAAGAUACUAUUAUUAAUUCUGAUUAUAUAAAAUCAUCCAUCGCCAAUGAUGAAACAAAUCAUUCAACUACUCUCGAUUAUAAAUCUUUAUUAACCAUGGCUAAACGUACAUCAUCAUCAGCAACAACAACACUUCUUCAACGACAUCAAGAAAUUUUAUCAUUUUUUGAUCAACCAAUAAUAAAACGACAACCAUUAUCAAUAACUAAUAAUGAUUCCAUUUUCUCAACAUCUCAUGUUAGUAUGCCAUCAACAACAAAAAAUAUAGCAUAUAAAGAAAAUAUAUCUAUACCAACAAAUAAUUUCACUAUUCAAGAAAUUCAUCAUAAUGAUGGACGUAUUGAACGUGUUAAAUCUGAUUUAUCGAAACAAAUUGUAUUUCCAAAUAGCGAUUAUAAACAAAAAUUAUCUGAUGGUCGUUAUAUAUAUAAAUAUGCAAGUACAAAUACAACUGAAACGGAAUAUCCAGAUGGUACACAUAUAUAUGAAUUUCCAAAUGGACGACAAGAACAUAUAUUACCUGAUAAAACAAAAAAUAUUUAUUUAACUGAUGGUACAAUUAUAUCAAUAAAAACGAAUGGAGAAAAAUUUAUUCAACAACCCAAUCAAACAAAAUAA